GGCGGUGCCGGUGUGGUGAUUCCUCUCCCCAUGGCUGUCCGUCCUGAGCUCCGGCUCUGCCGGCGCUUCCCUCUUCACCUCCACCCGCUGCAGGUUCUCACCCCGGCAGUGGCCUUCAGUUCCGGGUCCCGGCCCAGCGCAGGCUCUCACUGGGUCCUCUGCCUGAGAAGCGGCACGUCCUGGGCCCCGAAUCCAGGCCUUUUCAUCUCCGCCACCGUCAGCGAGGAGGAGCCUCCCGAGGCCAGGCCGGGGCCGGGCCCUGAGCCUGAGCCGGAGCCUGAGCCUGAGGAGGAGCCUCCCGAGGCCGGGCCAGGGCCGGGGCCGGGGCCCGAGGAGGAGCCGCCCGAGGCCGGGCCGGGGCCGGGGCCCGAGGAGGAGCCGCCCGAGUCCGGGCCGAGGCCUAAGGAGGAGCAGCCCGAGGCUGGGCCCCGGGGGCAGGUUACUGGAGUCCCCCUCCGCAUCUACACCAGCAAGCUGUUUCCCAAACAUUACGGGUUAUGGAUGGAGGAGAAUGUGGAGGAGGAAUCCCAGGGGCUGCGAGAUGAUGGGUUUGGUGCCCAGGCCUGCCUGAGGGUCUCUGUGAUACACUCAGUGCCCACCCUGACCAAGGUGGUGCUAGGUGCCCGCACCAGGGCCAGCUUGUGCUGGGCUGGCUCACACAACUUUGCCAAUGGCCUGCUGCUCCUGAUAUGCCAGCAGCAUCAGAUCCUGCUGAGGCAGGGUGAUGUUCCCAUUAUACCUUACCACCCCCUAUUCGGGGAGGACAGCAGCGAAGUCUUUACCAAUCUGAUGGACCUGGUGGUCCUGGAGUGUCAGCCUGUUCUGCAAGGAGUCCUGUCCGUUAACACUAGCCUGGUACUCACUGAAUUCAGGGAGUCCGGUCAGCUGCCCUGUACCGAGCUGCAGCCAUUCAGGCUGCUCCAGCCUCUUUGCGUUUCUGAUUUUGCCCAUUACACGAGUGGAGUUUGGGGGACAGGCUUUGGGAUGGAGCAUGGAAAACCGCUGGACUCUGACAUGAUGACUUUUCUGCGGGCCCUGGAGUGCAGGCUGGAGGUUACCGUGGUGGAUGUGCCUGCACUGCUCGACAGCGGGAAGCUUCGACCCCGAGCUGUGGCUGGGCAACCCAGCGGCCUGGAUGCUGAUAACCUGCUAGUCCUAACCAAAUCAUCUCUGCAGUGCCUCGGUCUUUUCAACCACGAGUGGGUCCUCGUCUCGUUGCUGGAACUGGCAGUGGAGCGGGAGCAGAGGGCUAUGCGUGCAGAGCUUGACACAGAGCAGCCCAAUCGGAAAGGGGAACCAGGAGCCUACAGCAGUCCUGGGCUGACGGGAGGCAGCCCCGAUCAGUGGCUGCAUGGACGGCUUGCCUCUGUGGUUGUGGUGGAUGUGGCUAACAGUGCCCAGCUGGAGCUGGCAGAGAACACAGCGGCAAUCUCGCACACGCUUUGGUUUAACGUUUCCAAUGGGGCCCCAAUCCCCAUCGCCAAUAGGACGCUGAAAAUCAAGCGAUUUUAUCAGACAUCCGGUGUGAGCAAACAGCUGAAGGAUAGUCGUUCGGCCCUAUCUGUCCCUCCACUGGCAAAUGAACUACAUGUAAAAGUCAUCUUCUCUCCAACAUACAAUGCCAGAGCUGUGUACGAUGGUCUGCUGUUUGAGCAUUUUAAAACACCAAGGCUUAUCCAUUCAGGAGAUGUGCUGUGUGUCCGAACACAGGGCAAGGCUGAAUUCAUCGAGAACUGUUCAGAGAGAUUGGUGAGAUGGCCUGUGCUGUACCUGAAGGUGAGCUCAGUGUCUGGGCACACACCUACUGAGCCUGGCCCUGGCUUCCUGGCUGAUAGCGAGCACACCUCCCUCUACCUGGAUGGUUGUGUUAACAGUUUUAUCCCUGCCGCAGCUGCAUCCAAUGGUCUUCAAUUCUGGGGCAGCGCAUCUCCCCCUGGACUGACCGACACUGUGGACAUCCUCGGUAGCAUCAUGCAGCCCUACCUGCACACUGGGCCUCCAGUACUAGAUUGGCCGUGCAGUGUCCUGUUGUGGGGUCCGAGUGGGUGUGGGAAGACCACAGUGCUCCAAGCUGCUUGCUCCAAGUUUAACCUGCAUCUAGUAAAGGUGGACUGUGCCUCUCUCUCCGCUGAUUCCACUGGGGCCUCAGAAGCCAAGCUCCAAGCUGCCUUUGCAGAAGCCGAGAUUUACUGUCCGUGUGUUCUGCUGCUGCACAAUCUGUCGAUGAUUGGGAGAAUAAGAGAUGAUGUCGGUGCAGAUUCACGCCUGAUCUCUUCACUUCACCGAUUCAUGAAGGACCUCCGCCUGAGUUGCAAUGAGUACCCAGUGGUGGUGGUUGGGACAGUGGGCCGGCUGCAGGACCUCUUUCCUGAUGUCCAGACGCUGUUUCUCCAUGACCUGGGAAUGGAGAGUCUCUCCGAGGACCAGAGGAAACUCAUCAUGGCAGCACUCAGUACAGAGCUCCCCCUGGGCAAGGAUGUCAACCUGGCCAAGCUCGCCAAGUUAACAGCUGGUUAUCUGCUGAGUGACCUGUGUGCGUUGCUGAACCAUGCUAGCCAUGCAGCCUGCAGCCGCUUAAAGGCUACCUGUUUUCCAGGAGCUGCCCUGAGUGUGGAGCAAGAGUUGGAUUUAUGCACGGCUGGAGUGACAAUCCUGUGGGAGGAUUUUCAGACUGCCUUAGAUCACCUACAGAAUGAACUGUCCCAGGCGAUCGGAGCUCCAAAGAUUCCCACGGUGAGGUGGCAAGAUGUGGGAGGUCUACAAGAGGUUAAGCGUGAAAUUCUGGACACGGUGCAACUUCCCCUGGACCAUCCCGAGCUGCUAACGCUCGGCCUGCGCAGAACUGGCCUCCUCCUGUAUGGACCCCCUGGAACUGGUAAAACCAUGCUGGCUAAAGCCAUCGCGACGGAGUGUGCCAUGACCUUCCUCAGUGUUAAAGGCCCUGAACUGAUCAAUAUGUACGUGGGACAGAGUGAGGAAAAUGUGCGAGAAGUGUCUCACUCACUCACUGCGAUUGUUUCUCAGUGUCUCACUCACUCAUUGUGA